AUGUUCUUAAAGAGAGGAAUUUUUUUGAAAGGUCUUGUAAAGUGCUAUCUAUGUGGUGGUGCUGGUCACAUUGAUGUAGAAUGUGCAAAUAACCACAUGACUGAGUCUAAUGGGAGAGAAGAGUCAAUUAGUGCACAAUGGAGUGAUAGUGACAGUGAUGAUUCCAACAACUAUAUCACUUCAUCUUAUGAAGAGGCAAAUAAUUUUGCCCUUGUUGGUUUUGUUCAUAACUCUAGCCUUGCUAGAGUUCAUGUAGUCAAGGAAGGACAAUCUAAUUCAGAAAAUGAAUCUGUGUCUGGAGAUGAUAGGCAGGAUGACCAGUCAUAUAAGGAAUAUGAUGGCCAGUCAUACCUGGGUAUGUGUGAAAAGUAUGAUGUCCUUUUUACUGAAACUUCCAAGCUUAAAGAAAGAAAUCUCUUACUUGAAGAGAAGGUAAAGAACCUGGAAAUUCUUAAUUGCACUUUUAAAUAA